CUGCUGCGACAGAAAACCUUUGCAUCAAUCUCUCGGACAUUCAUACACCAACCUCAAAGAUGUGCUCGAAUGUGGCUGCAUACGACGAAUCUUCUCGAUGACCUGAAGUUGCGUGGCAUGAUUUCACAGACAACAAAUGACGCGGAAAUCUCUCGGCGUUUGGAGAGAAAGAGUAUAAUAUACCUUGGGAUAGACCCGACUGCAAAGUCUCUCCAUGUUGGUCAUCUUUUACCACUCAUGGUACUCUUGCAAUUAUUUCUCCGUGGACAUGAAGUAAUACCUCUCAUUGGAGGUGCGACAGGUUUAGUCGGGGACCCAUCCGGUAAAACAGAAGAAAGGUCUCCAUUAGGCAAAGAAAAGGCCGUGGAUAAUGUCGAAAGCUUAACGCGAGCUGUCGACGGCUUUUUUGCGUCAGCGUCGGAAUACGGCUCAAAGAGACUUCAUUCGUCGCAAUACGACCCUCCAAACUCAACACCAAAGGUUGCAAAUAAUGUUGAAUGGCUCGGAUCAUUGGGUCUUUUAGAGUUCCUCACAAAAGCAGGGAGACAUGCCCGGAUACCAACUAUGAUCAGUCGUGAUAGUGUGAAAAUACGCAUUUCCUCGCCGCAAGGCCUCUCCUUCACAGAAUUUACCUACCAGCUCCUCCAAGCCUACGACUUCUACCAUCUAUACAAUACACGCGGCUGUACAUUGCAACUUGGUGGAUCCGAUCAGUGGGGCAACAUAUUAGCUGGUGUUGACCUCAUUGAUCGUACCCGCACUAAGGAACAGCCAAUAGCACAUGGUCUGACGACACCUUUGCUAACCACUGUGUCUGGUGCAAAGUUUGGGAAGAGUGAGGGAAAUGCGGUAUGGUUGAAUAAGGGCCUAACGAGCGUCCUUGAUUUCUAUCAGUUCUUCGUACGCACUGCAGAUGCGGACGUAGGAAAAUACCUGUACAUGUUUACACUCCUCCCAACACACGACAUCGCGGAUAUCCUCAAGAAGCAUGAAGCUGCACCAGAAAAGCGCUUUGUUCAGCGCAGACUCGCAGAUGAAGUCGUAGAGCUUAUCCAUGGCCGAGAAGCCGUUAACCGCGCAAGAAUCGCCACUCAAGCCCUCUUUGAAACCUCGCUCGCCAACCUAUCAGCACGCGACAUCGUCACAGCCCUAGAAGGUGAUCCACGACUCGUUCGAUGUACACGGGAGGAAACCAUUGCCCAGCCGAUAUGGAAGCUCGCAGGGAAAUACAAGCUCUCGAGUAGUAACAGCGAAGCACGGAGACUAGCGACGUCAAAAGGUUUGUACCUGAAUAAUGUGGCCGUCGAUGUACAGAAGACACUGCAGGAAACAGAUCUAAUUGACGAUGGCGUAGCUGUCCUCAGAGCUGGGAAGGACAAUCACCUCGUUGUCGCUUUGCAUCAGAACUAACAUCACGGGUAGCAUCACGCAUGAGGAGGAUGCCUUCGUAACAGUAACGCCACAUUGCACGAUCAAACCCAGCAGGCGGACCGACAGCCCUGCAAAGUUCGCUUUACUAGUCGGCCACUGCGAAGUAGGACGUUCUCAAUUAGUAUUAGUUUACUCUUUGCAAUAACUCCAGAGAAACUCAUGCUGCUAACGAUGCGCUCGGACAAUACAGAACCUCACACAGUUUGCAACAAGAGCUGCUCUUUUUUUCUCACUCGAUCUGCGGUAGUCAUGCUUCAGACAUCACCAAUGUAUUAUAUUCUAUGUUGAUAAUCUAAGAAUC